AUGUCAUUCCUCUCAUCGUACACGAACCGACUGCAAGACGGCAGAGUAGCUCUCGCCGCUGCAGCCGGAACCGCCUCCCUCCUGUACCUCAUCUCCAACGCUCGUCUACGAUCCAACUAUCCCAAAAUUCUCAAAGCACCCGCCAAGGUCCAUGACCAACCAUACCCAGCCGAUAUCUUCCCAAACGGCUCUGACCUCAACACACCCUACGGUACCAUCCGCUACUACGAGUUCGGCCCCGAAGACGGCAAGAAGCUUCUCUUCGUACACGGCAUCUCUACCCCAUCCCCCGCAUGGAGCCUCAUCGCACCUUACCUCAUUAAGGCAGGCUAUCGUAUCCUCUGCUUCGACCUCUUCGGCAGAGGAUACUCUGAUUCCCCACAAGUAACACACGAUACUGCACUCUUCGUCUCCCAGAUCACCCUUCUUCUCGCACAUCUCCCACACUGGGACAAGUUCGAUCUCUGCGGCUUGUCGUUCGGUGGUCCCAUCGCUUCCCACUUUGCUCACUACUACCCUCGCCGAGUAGACCGACUCAUCCUCCUCUGUCCCGCUGGUGGCACACCCAACGCAGACCUCCGUCCAGCAGUCAAAUUGAUUCGAUCUCACUUACUUCCCAACUUCAUCCUUCGUCGUCUUCUCCGCUUCGUCCCCCUCCUCCCCACCCCACCCAAAGGGUCUCUAGCUUGGUGGCAAGCAGAGUAUCAUCCAGGAUAUAAAUUCAGCUUUACAUCGAGCUUGCAAGACGGACCGAUCUUCAACAGUCAUGAAGUUCAUCGGGCUGUUGCGAGGGAUUUCGGGUCAAAAUUGCGUGUGAUUUGGGGUGGUAAGGAUAAUGUGGUCCCGAUAAGUACUGCUAAGUACUUUGGACAGAUUGAUUUGGCGGUGAUCCCGGAAAGUGGACAUCAUAUUGUGUUGACUCAUCCGGAGGCUACUGCGCAGCAUAUGUUGGAUUUUUUGGGCGCAGGAAAUAGCAAGUAG